GUGCGGGUGGGGAGCGAUCUGGGCGCACUCAUCACUGCUACCUGGCGGAGCCUUCAGCCGCCUAGAUUUCUUCCCCGCCUGUGGCCACACAGCAGCCUUCCUACUCGCCUGCCACAUCGAACCCUGACACCCGGGGGCCUCAUGGCAGCCACCUGCGAGAUCAGCAACGUUUUCAGUAACUACUUCAACGCCAUGUACAGUUCAGAAGACCCCACCCUGGCUCCUGCUCCUCCAACGGCUACCUUUGGCGGCGAUGACUUGGUGUUGACCAUGAACAACCCCCAGAUGUCACUGGAAGGACCACAGAAGGCGAGCUGGUCAGGCCAGCAGCCCCAGCUCUGGUCCAAGACCCAGGUUCUGGACUGGAUUAGCUACCAAGUGGAGAAGAACAAGUAUGACGCCAGCUCCAUUGACUUCUCGAGAUGUGACAUGGACGGCGCCACGCUCUGCAGCUGCGCCCUCGAGGAGCUACGGCUGGUCUUUGGGCCUCUGGGGGACCAACUCUAUGCCCAGCUGCGGGACCUCAGUAAGUCUAGGCCAGGGGAGCCACGACGGGGGCCCAGAGAGUGGACAGGGGGUAUGUAUGGGUCUUGGGAAGGACUUGGAGCGCCCCGGUCCUGCGGGAGGAAGAUGGAGUGUGACCCCUCCCUGCCUCCGCCAGCCUCCAGCUCUACGGAUGAACUCAGCUGGAUCAUCGAGCUGCUGGAGAAGGAUGGCAUGGCCUUCCAGGAGGGCCUGGGAGACUCGGGCCCCUUUGAUCAGGGAAGCCCUUUUGCUCAGGAGCUGUUGGAUGAUGGCCGCCAGGCCAGCCCCUACUACACCAGUAGCUAUGGCCCGGGAGCACCCUCGCCCGGGAGCUCUGAUGUCUCUACUGCAGGGACCACCACUCCCCAGAGCUCCCACUCCUCCGACUCCGGUGGAAGUGACUUGGAUCUGGAUCUCACUGAUAGCAAGGUCUUCCCUAGAGAUAGCUUUCCUGACCAUAAGAAGGGGGAACCCAAGCACGGGAAGAGGAAACGUGGGCGUCCCCGAAAGCUGAGCAAAGAGUACUGGGAUUGCUUGGAGGGCAAGAAGAGUAAGCAUGCACCCAGAGGUACUCAUCUGUGGGAGUUCAUUCGAGACAUCCUCAUCCACCCUGAACUCAACGAAGGCCUCAUGAAGUGGGAGAACCGGCACGAGGGCGUGUUCAAGUUCCUUCGCUCGGAGGCCGUGGCCCAACUGUGGGGCCAAAAGAAAAAGAACAGCAACAUGACCUACGAGAAGCUGAGCCGGGCCAUGAGGUACUACUACAAACGGGAGAUCCUGGAGCGGGUCGAUGGCCGGCGGCUCGUCUACAAGUUCGGCAAGAACUCCAGUGGCUGGAAAGAGGAAGAGAUCAUCGAGAGUCGGAAUUAAGGGUCAGGACUGGACCCUAGGACCUGACUCAGACAUGAGCUCGAACUGAAGCCUUCUUGGGAGGACAGGCCGGCCUGAAGGCACCGCUAAUGUGGACGUGUUCCCUGUGUUGCUGUAGAGAGGAGGAGCCCGUCCGUCCGUCCGUCUGUCCGUUGUGUUGCAUCAUGACUUGCAGCCUGUGGCCUCUCCUUGCCCUCCCUCCUUUCGGAAUUACAAGCCCCAGGGUUUGAAGCGACUUGUUCGCUGACUCUGACUCUAUAGCUGUGAGGCCAGCUCCUUCCAGCCUCAGCACCGACCACAGAAGAGACCCACCUGCAGAUGCCUGGAUGCAGCCAAGGAGGCUGGGGAGACCGUGGGAGGG